AUGCUUUCCAUAGUAUCGAUACUUUCACUUACUCUUUUCUGUUUUAUUAAAGUUUCAUGGGCAUCAGAAUGUGAAUCAUAUGCCAACGUAUGGACUUAUUAUCCUUGUUCAUUUAUUGUUUCUUCACGAUCAUUGAAUUGCCAGUAUGUAUCAAUUAAUUCAUCUAUUGAUCAAUGUACAAAUAGAGAAAUGACAUUUUUUUGGCACUUUCCAUACGGUAAUAUGACUAUAACACUACAUUCACAUAAGAAUCGAUCAUUUUUAUUACGUCUAUCCAAAAUAUUGUUAACAAGAAACAAAUUAAUAAAAAAUGUUUAUCAUAUUGUAAAUAAUAAAACAUUAGAAGAAAGAUUAAUACACAAUAAUGAGAAUGCAAUCUUUACAAUUCAUUCAGAUAAAUAUAAUCAAUGUUCUCUGAAAUUCGAAACAGCAAAUUCUUACAUUGUCGAUUAUGGAACAUUUAUUCAAAUGGAAAUUCAUACUGCUGAUGAAAAAUAA